UGUAACACUAAGGACCUUGCUGAACUUGGGCCAUGUUUGGCACUGGGCAUUUGGUGUCUCCUCUGUCUUCUGCAGUCUUCCACUCUUCGGCUGCACACUUCUUCCCAGCGUUUCCUAGCAGGUUGACCUCUCCGCAGAUCUUCAUCCCCGGGCCUCUGCUCAGCUACGAGCUCCUGCGCAGUUACCUGCAGCCCGAGCCCUGCAAACAGGCUCUGCUAUUGGCUGCUCAGUCCACAGGACAACAUGCUGAGAAUAUCGAUGAACCCCGGCCAGUGAAGCAGCGGCGAGCUCGGGCCAACUACAGCAGCUGGCAGCUGGAGGAGCUGGAGAAGGCCUUCGAGAGCACACACUACCCAGACGUCUUCAUGAGAGAAGCCCUGGCCCUCAGACUGGACCUCAUAGAGGCCAGAGUGCAGGUGUGGUUCCAAAACCGCAGGGCUAAAAUGCGCAGACAGAUGAAGCUCCAGAGCCAGGCAGGGGAGCAGUGCGGCCGGCGCGACAGUGACGACAGACAGGUGGAGUCGUCGGGCAGGAGCACAGCUCCAGAUUCCCACAGCAUCAGCAGCAGCAGCCCAGGUUGGGACAGGAAACAGGAGAGAGAAAGCCCCAAUUGGUCCAAACCGUCCUCAUCAGCUCUCCACAGCCCCGUGAGCGACAUGCUUCAGCGGCCGAGAGAUCAGGAGGGGUCAGAGGCGCCCAGUCCGGAGGACUUCCGCUGCUGUAGCAUUGCCAAACUGAGGGCGAAGGCCAGGGACUAUGAGGCAGAGAUCCACAGCACUGUGGCCAAGGCCAGCAGAGAGCGGCAGAUGAAGACACAGGUAUCUGCCGCAGGCCUGGACAGAGACUGAAACAGAUGCGGCCAUUAAACAUUACCUCAGCAUCACACAGGACACAUUAGAAAUCCCAUUCAAUUUAUUAUUUAUUAUUAUGCACAAUUAAACAAGCAAUGAGGUUAAACAAUGUGACUAAGAGCAGCAAAAUACAAAUUUCUUCACUGUAUUCACCUUUUUCCUCAGUGUGGAAGUAAGCUUAUGCGUAAGACUUCGGUUCUUUAGCCGCUAUAGGGAAAUAACGAGAUGAAAAACAGCAUGCAGUAAAUGGUAAAACUGUUUGUGCUACAAACCAGUGUGUUCAUAAUUAAGAUAAUACACUAAAAUAACACCAAUUUGCAAUAUCAAGCAGCUAAACAAGCUGUUUUGUACAGCUAAAAAUAGCUGGACAUGGAUGAGACCGGAAGCCAGACAAAUAAAAUUUACACAUGGCCGCGCCAACUCAGAAGAAAAAGGUGGAUAAUGUUUUUUAGGGGUGCAAUGAUGAAUCAAAUGCAUCGCGAUUCUCUCUUGAAUUGAUUCUAAGCUAUUUUUAACAGGACAUGGCACUGCAUGCUUUAAAAACAGCCGUAAGUUACUCUGUUUGCGUCCAGUUCCUUAUACACACCACUUGAACGUAAAAUAAUCGUUCAUAAAGUUUGAUAAGGUUGAUGCGAGUUACAAAAGUGUUCACAGUGGGCUGUGUUUACAUUAAUCUCAUGUCAUAAAAGCAUAAAAGCCGAGAAGCAAGUAUAUUUGUGACCCUGGACCACAAAACCAAUCAUAAGUUUAAAUUUCUCAAAAUUGAGAUUUACACAUCUGAAAGCUGAAUAAAUAAGAUUUCUGUUGAUGUACGGUUUGUUAGAAAAGGGCAAUAUUUUGGAGAUACACCUAUUUGAAAAUCUGAAAUCUGCGGGUGCAAAAAAAUCAAAAUACUGGGACAGUCGCCUUUAAAUUGUCCAAAUG